AUCCCAGUUCCUUCUCCCACUCGGGUUUUUGAGAGAUGAUCACGGAGCUGGUGUGCACCGCCGUGGCUGUGGGUCUAUAUCUGAACACGCUGGACGCAGAUUUCUGCUACGAUGACAGCCGAGCCAUCAAGACCAACCAGGACCUUCUUCCUGAGACUCCCUGGACCAAUAUCCUUUAUGAUGACUUCUGGGGCACCCUGCUCACUCACAGCGGCAGCCACAAGUCAUUCCGACCACUCUGCACCCUCUCCUUCCGCCUCAAUUACACCCUACAUGGCCUGCGUCCCUGGGGCUACCACCUGGUGAAUGUGGUUCUGCAUGGGCUCGUCACAGCCGUCUUCACGGCCCUCAGUCGCCCGCUCCUGGGUGGAGGACUGUGGAGCCUGCUGGCGGGUCUCCUUUUUGCUUCACACCCAGUGCACACUGAAGCAGUUGCCGGCGUGGUGGGAAGGGCAGAUGUUGGCGCUGCAUUGUUUUUCUUGCUGUCUCUUCUCUGCUAUGCGAGACACUGCACACUUCGAGCAGACCCCUGCAGGACCUUUCAGGCCCAGGGCUGUGGCGGCAGCUCUGUCACCUGCUGCUGGGGCUGGAUGCUGGGCAGCCUGUGGUGUGCAGCAGCCAGUAUGCUGUGGAAGGAGCAGGGGGUGACUGUCCUGGCCGUGUCGGCUGUGUACGACCUCUUCAUCUUCCAGAGGCUCAGAUUUCGCCAGGCACUUCUCCUCUUGCUAGGAAAGAAAAAGAACAUCAGUGUUUUACUGAGCCUCGGUGUGCUGGCUACCUGGGGAGUGAUCCUGCUUUCAGCUCGCCUUUACUGGAUGGGCAAUAAGCCUCCCAACUUCUCCAACUCUGACAACCCUGCAGCUGACUCGCCACAUUUUCUCACUCGAACACUUACAUUCCUCCACCUGCCCGCCGCCAACGCCUGGCUGCUGCUCUGCCCCGACAAGCUCAGUUUUGACUGGUCCAUGGACGCCUUGCCCUUGGUCAGGUCCUUGGCUGACUGGAGGAACUUUCACACUGUUGCCUUUUAUGGUGGAUUUAUCCUCCUGGUUAUGUUUGACUUCCGUUGCCCCAUCUCUAAAGCUAAGGAAACCAAUGGGAAAGCCCAGGUCACUAAUGGAAAAUCAAUCACUAAUGGGAACGGUUACCAUGCCGUUGACACAAACCAUAACACAGACCAGGGGCUGCCAAAGACCACCCUGAAUGGGUCAGCUGGACUUCACCACUGUCCUCCACGGACGUCUCUGCCCCCUACAGAAAACCUAGUGUUAUUUUCAUUGGGCGUACUAUCAUUGCCUUUUAUCCCAGCCUCCAACUUAUUCUUUUAUGUAGGGUUUGUAAUUGCCGAGAGGGUACUGUACAUCCCCAGUAUAGGUUUCUGUUUACUGGUUGCUACGGGUGCAAGAACCUUGUAUGUCAGACUGAGGACUAGAGGCUGCAAAGUCUUGCUGUUAUGUUUCUGUGUGGGGCUAGUGCUGCUGAAUGGGUUAAGAACUAUUCAAAGAAACAGGGACUGGAGCAAUGAGGAGAAUCUCUACAAGUCUGGGAUAAGCGUGAACCCUGCAAAAGCCUGGGGCAAUUUGGGGAACGUACUGAAGAACCAGGGCAAGAUGGCUGAGGCGGAGAGGGCAUACAGAAACGCCCUGCACUACCGAGGGAAUAUGGCUGACAUGCUGUAUAACCUGGGUUUGCUGCUCCAGGAGAACGAGAGGUUUUCUGAGGCACUUCAUUAUUACCAAUUGGCCAUUGGGAGUCGGCCAACACUGGCAUCGGCCUACUUGAACACAGGAAUCAUCCUGAUGAACCAGGGCAGCCUGGAAGAGGCCAAACGCACCUUCCUGACUUGUGCUGACAUUCCAGAUGAGAACUUGAAGGACCCCCACGCCCACAAGAGCUCAGUCACCAGCUGCCUGUAUAACCUGGGAAAACUGCUUCAUGAACAGGGCCAGCAGGAGGAGGCCUUGUCUGUUUAUAAGGAAGCAGUGCAGAAAAUGCCCAGACAGUUUGCACCGCACAGCCUUUUUAACAUGAUGGGAGAGGCCUACAUGCGGCUGAAUCGCCUAGAGGAAGCAGGUCACUGGUACAGAGAGUCCCUCAGGGCCAAACCCGACCAUAUACCUGCGCAUCUCACAUAUGGAAAACUCCUGUCUAUCAUCGGGCAGAAGACAGAAGCAGAAAAAUACUACCUGAGAGCUAUUCAACUGGACCCGACAAAAGGAAACUGCUACAUGCACUACGGUCAGUUUCUGUUGGAGCAGUCUCGUCUUGGCGAGGCAGCGGAGAUGGCGGAGAGGGCUGCAGAAUUGGACAACUCAGAGUUUGAUGUGGUCUUCAGUGCUGCUCACAUGCUCAGACAGGCCAGUCUAAAUGAGGCAGCUGAGAGGCAGUAUGAACGUGCAGCCAGCCUCAGACCAGAUUACCCAGCUGCUCUGAUGAAUCUUGGCGCCAUUCUUCACCUGAAUGGGAAACUUCCCGAAGCAGAGGCCAACUACCUGCGUGCACUGCAGCUCAAACCUGACGAUGUCAUUACUCAGUCCAACCUGCGCAAGCUGUGGAACAUCAUGGAGAGGCAGGGACUCAGGACUAAGCCUGGGCUCGGGAUGCCGAGGAGCGACCUUUGAACUGAGAGACCUGCUGCACUGCUCCCUCAAGGAAGACAUAAUGUCCUCCAGAGAAUGAAGCAGGACAGGAUAUGAAAGAGCUGGAGGCUCCAAGCUCUCUGUACGAAGGCAUGAAAGACUAAUUCUU